AUGAAGUUGUUUCUCCAACUCAUCAAUAGUUCCCGAGAACUCUUUGAUCGCAAGUCUAUGUGUUUUGCAUUCGUUUACGUUAUCCGCGAUAUUCUUCGCGAUGUCGGCCAACGGCUCAGGUCAAACUGUAUAUUAUUUGGCGGAACCGAAGCCACGAGAUAUCGAAAGGACUCGGAAUCGAAACAAUACGUUGGAUGUCAACAUUUGGCGGACUUUCCCGGAUUUGAUUUAAAAUACUCAUUAAUGCCGGACCGGAAUCCCCGGGCAUGUAGUGAGUGCUCCGCGAAGAACGUCUACUCUCACGUCAUUUGGCUUCAAAAACGUGUCGCCAAUUCCCGGCGUAUCGAUUAUAUUGAGCGCAAUAUUAUCAUCUUCAAAUUGGUAACACUUAGGUUCUCGUGUAGCAGAUUUAGUCGGAUCAUCACUGUUUUCAUUACAAUCCUGGUCACCCAGUGUUACAUUAACUUGUUUCCAUGUGGUUGGAUCAGUCAGGUGACUAUUGUCGAUGAUUACAUGGCUGAAAAUAACCCACCAACACCAAAGCCGAGGGGCUUCAAGAAUAUAGUAAAUGCUACCAUGGUUGAAUCAAAUAUAAUUACAACAGCCAGUAAAAGUGUAGAUGUAAUUAGAAAAAUGUUUGAUAAACCGAGCAUUUCACAUGUGACAUUGAACAAAUCACCACCAGUGCAAAAAUCGGGUACAGAAAUAUUUAAUAAACCGGACUUGGGCAUUUCAGAUUUAACAUUAGAAGAAUCAGCACCCGUCCAAAAGUCGUAUACAAAAAUAACUGAUAAAACGGACUUGGGAACUUCACAUGUAACAUUUGAUAAAACACAACCGGUUAAAAAGUCGGAUACUAAGAUAGUUGAUAAACCGCCAGAUGUACACAAAACUACACCAAAAGAGAAAAAAGAGCUGACAAUAUUAUUGCUGGGCGAGACAGGUGUGGGAAAGUCCACAUUUAUUAACGCUAUCGUAAACUAUUUGUCGUUUGAAAGUCUGGAUGCGGCCAAUGGUCAGCCCAUAUGUAUAAUUCCGGUUAGUUUUACAUUGACUGAUCCGGACACCUAUAAACAGGUCAAAGUAACACUGGGUGACAACGAUUUAAAUGAAAAUAGCGCUGAUCCGACUAAAUCUGCCACUCAAUACCCCAAAUGCUAUAAAUUUAAAAACGAUAACAUUGUGCUCAAUAUAAUCGAUACGCCGGGUAUUGCGGACACGGCUGGCGUGGAUAGAGAUAAUACAAAUAUGCAAAACAUUUUGGAUUUUAUAAAAUUGUUCACUCAUUUGAAUAAAAGCGCCGCAAAUAAUAUAAUAUUUCUAUACACUAACGCCCGGAGCACUCACUACUUGCCGGGCGAUUCGAGUCCAGCCUUAAUGAGUGUUUUAAACAAAGUCAAGAAUAGACCGCCAAAAGUGGACAUCACUUAUAACAAGGAGACGACCUAUUGUUUUGAUAACGAGUCCUUCCGAUAUCUCGUGGCUUUGGUUUCGCCAAAUAAUAUACAAUUUGACACCAGAUAUAAGUCUAGUUAUGUGGAAAGUUGGAGGAGAUCUGUAGAGGAAUGUCAGCGACUAUUCAGUUACAUAACACAACUCACACCACACAAAGUGAUGGACACACUAUCCCUCAAUAACGCCAAACAAAUUAUACAAUUAUUAACCAAACCUAUGGCUGACAUCACUAAGAAUAUCGCGGAUAAUAUUAAUGAAUGCGAGAGAUAUAUGACUGAAGUCAAUGAAUACAACGAAUCCAUUGAAAACCUACAGCAAAAACUAUACAUACCAUCGGUUGAGAUAAAAACCAUACCAUUAGAUCGACCCAAGACUGUAUGCGUUGAGGCCAAUAACAGCGAUCGUUACCCGGGUGAACCAAUAACAUUGUCCAGGGCAACUUUAUCUAAGCACUGCCUCGAGUGCGGUCACAGUUACAAAAAGCACCUCCACGUGUGGUACAAAACGGUAACCAAACUGAACGAAGUGACCGAUCAAGCGGUCGACUCGCGGCUCAGAGCCACCCAAUCGGCCGCUGAGGCCAAAGAGCGACAGAUUCUACUUCUGGACCAACGGAUCGCCGAAUUGAGCGCCGAAAGCGAGACAAUUGUCUACUCUAUGGCAAUGUUUUUAUGCUUUUUGGCCGCCAAUGCGUUGACGCCAUUGAACGACGCGUUUGGCAAUUAUGUUAAGCACAUGAUUGCCAACGAGUCGUUUGACUCGUCCGGCGCCGACAGCCCGACGCCUACUGCGGACCGACUCGAACGGGUGUUAGAGAAAUAUAAUACGGAUAAAGAGUUUAUUAAAUUAGCCGUUAAGACCACUCGCGGGUCAAAGGGUUUGGUGAUUACCGUUGAGGAAAUAGACGAGUCUAUUCGUAAACUGUGCAAGCUCAAACAUAAGGGUAAAGAAAUUAACAACAUGAUAGAUGACCUGUGCAGGGCAAAAGUGGAAAAUGCAAUUCACAACCAUGUGGUUUACAACGCGCCCACAAAUACUGAUUUGCCAACUUAA